GUUGAACUGAAGAGGCUCUGUGAAAUUUUUACUCGCAUGUUUGCUGAUCCUCACAGCAAGGUGUUCAGUAUGUUUUUGGAAACUUUGGUGGAUUUUGUCAUCAUUCAUAAGGAUGACCUUCAGGACUGGCUGUUCAUUUUACUGACACAGCUUCUGAAGAAGAUGGGAGCUGAUCUGCUGGGCUCUGUACAAGCUAAAGUCCAGAAAGCCUUGGAUGUGACAAGGGAUUCUUUUCCUUUCGACCAACAGUUUAACAUAUUAAUGCGAUUUAUAGUGGAUCAAACACAGACACCAAACCUCAAGGUUAAAGUUGCAAUAUUAAAGUACAUUGAAUCACUUGCACGACAAAUGGACCCAACAGAUUUUGUGAACUCCAGCGAGACACGGUUAGCAGUCUCUAGAAUCAUCACUUGGACAACUGAACCAAAGAGCUCUGAUGUGAGAAAGACCCUGCAUAAUUGGGUAUGCGAUGAUUUACAAGUUAGACCCAGCACAGCAUCCUCAGGGCCUGGAGAGGUGAACCUGGAAGAGAAAUGUAAACAGGCUGCACAGAUAGUCUUGAUUUCCCUUUUUGAGCUAAAUACACCUGAAUUCACAAUGUUACUGGGUGCCUUGCCGAAAACAUUCCAGGACGGUGCUACCAAACUCCUGCACAACCAUCUCAAGAACUCCAGCAAUAGCAGCAUGGGGUCCCCCAGCAAUACCAUUGGCCGAACGCCUCCUAGACACUCCAGCAGCAGGGCCAGCCCUUUGACAUCACCAACCAACUGUUCUCAUGGUGGUAUCUCUCCAAGGUAACGUAAAAUAAUUUGU